AGUUGAUCCCUCCGCUUCGCCCUUCUCCCCUCCCCUUCUCCGUAGGGUUUAGCGGCGGGAGGAGAGGUCUCCGGAUGGCGUCGUCCGACGAGUGGGGCGACGACGCGGCCGGCGGGGAGUGGACCACCGUCACUCGCUCCGGCCGGCCCAGCCACGCCGGCGCGGCCGGGCGCUCCCCCAACGCCAAGCGGGCCGCUCCCCGGCCCCCCAAGCCGGCCGCGCCGACGGUGGGCGAGGUCGGCGAGGGGCUGGCGGGGCUCGACGUCGACGGCGCGAGCCGGACAGGGAGGCUGGACAAGUACGACAUACCGGUGGAGGUGAGCGGCGACGGCGCGCCCGCGCCGGCGGACGGGUUCGAGCAGGCCGGGCUCGCGGAGGCCGUGCUCCGGAACGUGGCGAGGUGCGGCUACGACAACCCCACGCCGGUGCAGCGCUACUCGAUCCCGAUAGUGCUGUCCGGGAGGGACCUCAUGGCGUGCGCGCAGACCGGGUCCGGGAAGACGGCCGCGUUCUGCCUCCCGGUGGUCAGCGGGCUGGUGUCGGCGGCGGAGGGAGGGCAAGGAGGCGAAGUCGGUCGCGGCGACAGGGAUGCGUACGACUACGACUACCGCCGCGUGGCGAGGCCGCUCGCUCUCGUGCUCGCGCCCACCAGAGAGCUUGCAGCGCAGAUUAAUGAGGAAGCAAAGAAGUUCGCUCACAAAACUGGACUCAAAGUUAAGGUGGCCUAUGGAGGAACUUCAAUGGUUCAACAGCUACGUGAUAUAGAGAAAGGCGCAGAUAUUCUUGUUGCUACACCCGGGCGCCUUGUGGACAUGAUUGAAAGAGGAAAGAUCUCUCUUGAGGCAAUUAAGUACCUGAUAAUGGACGAGGCUGACAGGAUGCUGGAUAUGGGGUUUGAGCCUCAGAUAAGGAAGAUUGUUGAUGGGAUGGGUAUGCCACGAAAGUCGGUGAGACAAACUAUGCUGUUCAGUGCAACCUUCCCACCAGAAAUACAGAGACUGGCUUCAGACUUUUUGUCAAAGUACAUAUUUAUCACUGUUGGGAGAGUGGGUUCAAGUACUGACCUAAUUACGCAGCAAGUUGAGUUUGUCACUCACGAUGAGAAAAGAACCUACCUGAUAGAUCUCUUACAGAAACAAUCUUUCACUUCAUCUGAUGGCAAGCCUCAGCAGCCUCUAACAUUGGUUUUUGUGGAGACAAAACGAGAAGCUGAUUCAUUGAGGUAUUGGCUAUACAACAAAGGUUUCCCUGCAACAGCGAUCCAUGGUGACAGAACACAAGAGGAGAGGGAAAGCGCACUGAGAUCUUUCAAGUCUGGCUUGACCCCGGUCAUGGUCGCCACUGAUGUAGUCGCGCGAGGCCUGGAUGUCCCAAAUGUUGCUCAUGUCAUCAACUAUGAUCUUCCCAAGAGCAUAGAGGAUUACGUCCACAGGAUUGGAAGAACUGGGAGAGCUGGAAAUGCUGGGAGUGCCACAGCCUUCUUCACUGAAUCCAACCACCCCAUAGCAAAGGGAUUACUGGAACUGAUGACCGAGGCAAAACAGAAUGUUCCUACCUGGCUAGAGGACUACGCAGGGAAGCCAUUCUAUGGAGGGUCAAGCUUCGGCGGAAGAGGCCGAAGGUCCAAUGGCGAUGGUGGCAGCAGCUUUGGUGGCAGAGAUUAUCGCGGCGGCGGUGACUAUUCUGGCUACUCUGGCGGUGCUGGCGGUGGCAGGAGCUACUCUGGCGGCAGUGGCGACCGCGGUGACCGCUACUCCGGCGGCGGCGGUGGUGACCGCUACUCCGGCGGCGGCACUGGUGACCGCUACUCCGGUGGCGGCGGCGGUGGUGACCGCUACUCCGGUGGCGGCGGCGGUGGUGACCGCUAUUCCGGUGGCGGUGGCAGGAGCUACUCUGCUGGUGGAGGUGGUGACCGCUACUCCAGUGGCGGCGGCGGUGAUCGCUACUCCGGUGGUGGUGGUGGUGAUCGCUACUCUGGUGGUGGUGGUGAUCGCUACUCCGGUGGUGGUUGGAAGAGCUACUCUGGUGGCGGUGGUGGUGACCGCUAUUCUGGUGGUGGUGGUGACCGCUACUCCGGUGGUGGUGGCGGUGACAGCUACUCCAGCGGCGGUGGUGGAAAGAGCUACUCUGGUGGCGGUGGUGGUGGCAGAUACUCCAGUGGCGGGGGCUCCUCUAGGGAAAGUGAUCCACCUCCACGCUACUACCCUUCCUACCCCAUGGGCACGUCAAACAUCAGCGCCUCUGGCUGGGACUAGCCGCGUAGCACCCUCACUUCUCGGUGGUGCACAUACCGUAUAUAUUACUGCUACUAGCUAAAUUAUGUAACGGAACCAAGUAGCGCGUGGCACACCUGAUCUGAGCUGGGUGCCUGCUCGUCCUUUUUGCCUUGUCGAUGGCUGUGUUAUGGUGCCCUCACUGGGGUAGGUUGCAAAUGUUUUGCUGGGAAAAUGGGGAUUUCACAUGGAUGUGGUGGUGAUGAUGAGACUCCACUUGGUGCUUAGACGUUAAAACUUGUUGGCUAUAUUAUCUUUUAAGAUCGACCUUGCUAUAUGUUUUGCAAAUGGAGUUUUGUUGGGCUGA